AUGAUGAUCUUCCCGUGCCCUUUGCAUUGGCUGAUGCAUAGUCAGAGCACGUUUCAUGACAGACUGAUUGCAGCUUCUUUGCAAUUUCUCAUUCAAACCAUACAUGCCUGGGCUCAGUGGACGAUGUCAAGUAGCGAGACUCCAUCGAUUUUCAUGUCUGACUCGUCAGUUGAAGAGCGGCCACCGCCCGACAGACCAGCUGGACCACCACCUCCGAUUCCUGUCCAAGCUCAACAAGACCUCGCUCACCAGGUGAGCAGUGCGGUGGCGGAUACCAUCGGCUUCCAAGGCAGCAUUUUAUGUUAUCUGCCAUGGGAUUUGAGACACUUGAAGUGUCUCGUCCUGAGCGUCAGAGCCAUGAGACCGCAUGAGCGGAGUCAUCCCAAUGUGCUCGAGAUCCAAGACGCACCGUCAGCCGAAGAGGCAGAGCAUGCAGAAGGAGAAGAAGAAGAGGGCCACCAUGCAGACAACCACGAGCACGUCACAGAGGCAAGCAUGGAGGCAGGCAUGGAACCCACCAACGGGAUCGAGGCAAGCUCUGCAGGUCACAGGGAGACCGAAGGUGACCCCGAAAGUCUUGUGAACAGAACUAUUCGCCGGAUGGAAGCCGAAGGCCGUAGUGUAAUGACUCCUGCGGAGAUUGCUGCCAUCCAGGCAGACUUUGAUGCCGCUUCCGAGGAUGAGAACACGGUCACAUUCGACCACCUCUUUGGUGGGAAGUCCCAUGCUGAUGGGGGCACCGGCGGAGGAGAAGAUGAUACAGGUGAAGCCCACCAUGCCACGGACACCAGGGCCACGUCCUCCGGAAGCGCACCACAGGCAAAGCCCAGAGCCAUCGGCCAGAAGAAGUGUGGCACUCAUUUGUCCUCUCCCCAUGUACCCAUUCCACAACUUCGUGGCUCCAUGGGCAGGAAACUUACAAUGGCUGUGGCUGCAAAUCUUGAUCAGCAGUACGUGGUUGGCAAGUGGCAGACAGUCGACGAGACGGAUGAGGCUAUAAACUUAGCCAACGACCACCUCAGCCUGGUUCAGCACAGCCUGUAUCAGCGGAUGGCGAACUUCGAUGCAGAGAUGGACGAAUUCUUCGGUCCGGUGAAGGACGAGGGGACACCAAACGAGAAUCAGGACCCGAACAAGAUCUCUCCAUUCGCACUUUCUUUCGGGCCCAACAAAAGGCGCAGAAAUCCGUUCGAGGAGCGGACCCACCACCCUGUACACCCCACGGCACACCACAGGGGCACUCGGGAUCCUCUUGUGUUCAACCUGGCCAAGACAGUGAUCAAGCAGCAAGAAGAACUACGUGUCUUGAGACAAGACACGGCCCUGAUUUUAUUCUUCAUGCCGGGACGGGAUACGGUGCUGAACCACCUUUACACCACGGCCUUUCGAUUCAAGGCCAAACAAGCCGAAGAGCCAACAUGGACGCUGGGUCAGCAACCCAUGCGUAUGGUAUUAGCCAUGGCCUUGUUCAAGGAGUUAGUGGACCGGCUCAACAGCACAAUCUCAUCACAAGAGAAACUCAAGAGAGUAACGGAUCAGGGGUGGCGAGACUCAACGGGAUGGCGGUACCAGGUGUGGAACAGAAGCACCAAGCAGCUGGAAGCAGAUCCCCAAAGGGCCCCAAUCCCGGACGACAAGUUGCUGGAUCAUCUGGCAACAGUGCUCCAAUGCUUGAAACACCCAAUAUUGACCAGGUUCGCAUGCACGAGGAGGAUGGCCGAGACUAUGACGUCCCAAGCCACCUUCAAAAUGGAUGUGGCUCUCAGAAGUCACAGCGCAUUGACAUUCUGGGACGAGAUGCAAGUCCUUCGGGGAAACUCAGUGUUUCAGCUGGUGGGGAUGGGGUACAAAACCGAGAGCUUGGGCAGGGGCCCAGCAGAGCAAAAGCUCCUGGACAUGAUGUACGGGCGCAAAUGA